AUGGAAAUGAAAGCCAGAAUUGAAAAGAGCGUGUCACACGCGCCCACGAACAUGCAGAACUUGCCAAACCUGCAGAGCGUGCCGAGCGAGACGACGCUGAACUCGGAGCCGUACCGGGGGAAGGAGAAGGCGAACGCGGGGAGGGGCGAGAAGGGGGCGGAGCUGUCCGACCAGUCGGACGCGUCGAACAACAAGGAGGAGUACCCCGACCAGAAGGAAGAAUUCGAGAAAAAAAUGUGUGGAAGUAUGCACGAAAAGCUGAAUCUCUACGACAAUAUUGUUAGCGAGAUAAAGGAGCUGUACAAUGGGAACAUCGUGAUGAAUAACAAAGGAGUGGACACCUUAAACAUCCGCAACGUCGCCAAGGGGUUAUUCGUCAGCAUAAAUAAAACGAUUUCGAAGAAGGUACGUGUGUUAGUGAUAGGGAACUCAUCCUCAGGGAAAAGCACAUUUAUAAACUGGUUUUUGCAGGAAAACAUUCAAAAAACGGGGUACGAAUUCGAAACAAAUCAUUUUACCCUAAUUACUAGUGGGAAUUACUACUCGGAGUUUAAUGGAGACGUGACCAUUAAAUCGUUUGACUUCCUCAAACAGAUCGCCUCCCGAAAUAGAAAUUUUAAAAAUAAUUUAUGCACAAAAAUGUAUGUAAGUAAAAAUGUAGAAACGAAAAAUAUUGAUUUUAUUGAUACCCCAGGAUUGAAAGACAUAAUGAACAAAAUCGAUUUUGAUAUUAACAGUAUUAUUUACGAUUUGUCUGAUUACGUAGAUAUCAUUUUAAUUUUUUUUGAUUCCUCUGGGAAGUCCCUAAGCAAUCGGCUACUCCUCAUUAUAAAGGAAAUUUAUGAAAAGCACAUAGAAAAAAUUUUAUUUAUUUUUUCCAAAAUUGAUGAAAUCAAACACGAACAGGAUAGGAUAAAGUUGCUGUGUCAGACGACGCAGUGCUUGGCUAGCAAAAUUAACAUACGGUAUAAUAUUGACUUGGUUCCCAUUUACAUUUAUGGGGCGAAGAAUGGGAGGUACCUUUUUGAGGGGGCCAGGAACGACGACGAUCUGUGCAUUGUCAACCGGAUGGGGGAUAUCAUCUACGAGAUUAAGAAGCUCUUUUUUAAGAAGCUCGAGAAGGACCUCUACUGCCUCGUCAGCGACUGCGACUGCAUUAUUAACAAAAUCUUGGACAUCUUGAAGACCGACGGGGAGAGGCGCGUCCACAAGUCCACCCUCAGGCGCGAGCGCAUAAAACACACAGCCAUCCAGGUGUUCACCCUCGUGGCCUUCCUCUUCUUCCUCUGCACGCAGCUCUCCGUGCACUCCUACUACAAGGACGUCCUGCUGAGCUACGUGGACGUGUCGACCAACAGCUUCUACAAAAAUUACGUCAUAAACACGGGCACCAUCCUCAACAAUUGGGAAAACUCCUACCUGAUGAUCAACCUGGCGCUGGCCUUCUUCUUCCUCCUGAGCGGCAUCAUGAAGAAGAAGUUCACCAAGAACAUAAAGACGCUGCACGUCUCCAGCAAGGAAAUACUCAGGGAACAACUCACGUUCGCCAAGUUCGCCAAGGACAGGGGGAAGUACUUGGCCAAGACCUUCUACGAGUUGAAGCAGAGCUGA